GGGGACAGAGCAGGAAGGAUUGUGCUUUGGGGGCGCGGGAGUUUGUUCCCACUAGAGCAGAGUCCCUGCCAGAGCCUGGAGACCCCCAGGUCACCGCUCUGUCUGCUGUCAUCUGUGACCCCCCCACCAUAACGCAUCCCAGCUCCUCUUCCUGCUGGCCCCCGGGCUGGAUAACAACCUACUACUGCUCUGAACUGCUUCAUUGCCUCGAGCACCCGUGGCUUCGCAGGUGGUCUCUACAGCCGGUAUUUGGACCUGCGCGCAUGCACGGAGACAAUCGAGAGCUGUUCCCCCCCGCCGGGACGCGGAGAAGGGACCGUGCUCCCUGCCUGAGCAGCAGCGCGGUAUUUGUGCUCCUCCUCGUUCAGCGAGUGGCCUCAGGCCUUGUUUACUGCCUGCGAGCCCACCCGCGCGCUCAAAACAUCGUUAGCUUCCUUGGGGGACGUUUAUGGUGCGCAUCCCUGCCAUGCGGCGCGUAACAAAUAUUAAUGGCUCUCGUUAACUCCCCCGGGAGAUGAGGGACUGUCUGUGUUUUACAGAGGCAGGAACCGAGGCACAGAGGGAGGAUUGAAAACAUCCUCUGGAUGCCCAGGAGCUGACUGUUUUUUAUUUUAUUUAUUUAUUUUUUCACCGCGAUCAGGCUGUCCGAGCCCAAAGUCCAGCUCCGCUGGCUCCGAUUGCAAGUGUGAGGGCUCAGCAUCUGUGCUACGGCUGGCUGCUGUGGCCAGACACCUAGACCAUAACGAACGUGGAGGGGUAGUUAGCGGUGCUAGCCCGAGUUAGCAAUGGGGUAGCACCUUGUAGACUAGUUGUCGUGCCAGGUUGUGAGCGGCCAGGUCUGAGGGUCAGAAGAAGCAACUGGGAUCCGAGGGGAGUGUGCAGAGUCUGAAUGUACGGGAGCCAGCGGAUCCAUCCAGAGACCCAGGUCAGAGUUGGGUCGGGCAGAGUACAAGGUACCAGCCUGGCCAGGGAUCCUGCAGAUCAAAACCAGGGUCGGGUGAAGCCAAACUCAGGGUGCUGGCUCCCCGACAAAUCCAUAAAAGCAUCGGCCAAAGGCAAGACAGCCUGGGUACAAGACUGAACCUUGUUGCCCCGACGCAUCCUCAUCUGGAUCGGGGGGUUUUAUAGGAAGGGGUAAGGGAUUAGCUGCCUGCUCUGAUUGCAAGGCUGGGUGGGUGGCUAAGCCCAGAUCUUGGGUGCUGACCCACUGUGCCUACCUCAAUGGUCAGCUGAGGAGGUGGACUGGGAUGAGCGGCUGCACCAGGCAGGCUGUGGCCCCCAGGUCGAGGCCACAGCUGGACACGAACUGGCUCGGAGAGGCAUGAGCUGGUGUUGUCAGAUGCUGUGACCGGCCUGGCAGGGGCAGGGCUGCUAGACAGAAAGGAGAAGAGUCAUAGGGACCACGAGUAGUGACCCCUGGGAAAGCCUCCAGUCUGAACCAGUGGUUCCCCAACUUAGCGGACCAGCAGACCCCCUAGUCUCUCUGUUUCCUCCGUGACCACCGUGCACUUGUGACUGAAGGCACCACUGGUGGUCCAAGCUGAGCCGGCGUCGCACGGGCACCCUACGGCAGAGGGGGGCUUUGUCCAGUUCUGCUGGGCUGCUGUAAUCGGUGGGGAAAAAACACUGUAAAGCUCCCAGCUCUGACCCUGCACCAAGCACAGAAGCUCUCUGAAAAUCCCCCAGCAGCAGCCCCGAGUCGGCUCUGGAGCACGGCCUGGCCGAGGGCUGAAAGCCGACGCAGGUUGUGCUCGCGGGGUAUUUAAAGCGUAAGGCUGCUCUCGAGACGCUCUCUGCAGCCAAGCCAAUGGCCGGAUCCCCAGUGUGGGUGGAGCUGCUGUGAGGGCUAAUUAAGGGUACGCUUCUGGGAAGCUCUUCAGGUCCAUUUUCAGAAGUGACUUUGGUUCCUGUCUGUGUGGUUUCCAGCAAGGCCGAGGCCAGUCUGAGCAGGAGAUCUGCAUGGGUGGACGUAGGAUUUUGAGUAGGGAGGUGCAGCACAAAUGGUGCGGUGCAUCCUCGCAUGUACUACAACACACGUUAUGCUCCAGUUAAUCAUCCAGAAGCACGACUGCAAGCCAGGGGCCCGGGGCUGGAUGACUAAGUUUAAUAAGAUGGAAGCAAAAACGGACAUAACUUCGUUGCAGUGAAUUGAAAACAGUUUGCAGGGCAGUGAAAUAGGAGCUUUGUGACCAGGAGCAAUUAACAGAGCAGAAAUGCAGAAGAAAGGAGAGCUUCAAGGGCAUGAAAAGGAACAUCAAGCCCAUUAAAAAGAAGAGAGGGUCGUUAAAUGUGUGGGACGAAGAGCGAAGACGGGAUCUAGCAGAUGAUGAGCCAUGAAGCCAAGUGACUCCCUCGGUGCUACCUGUUCAGAAACGCUGCUGUCGCAGCCGGGCGGCUGGUUGUAAACUUUUUAAACAGGUCACCAAUGCACCCUCCUUGCAUCCACCUGCGGAGACUUGUACUCCCGUGUGCCGCACGAGGGUGUGGACGUGGUUACAUCGGUGGCGGCACCUUUCCCCGGCGUAACUGAAGGUGCGGGUGAAGAGGCGAGUUUCCGCAGGGCCGUCCUGGGGGGCAGGGGGCCCGACAGAAAGAAGGGUGCAAUGGAUUCCCGUAAAACAGGAUUCAGUUACGCUGGUGUAAAGGUGCCUUCCACCCGACUGCAGCCACGUUAUCAGUUGUCCUGGCACCGGCUGGUGGGCCAGACCUUGGGUGUCUAAUCCCCUUGAACGUGGUCACCCCGGAGAGACUCCGAGCAGGGUUCGUGGCCGUGGCAGCAGCCGGCCCGUGCAGGAGGCUUCCCCGGUGCAGACAGAGCUGCUCUGCUGUUCCCUCCCGUGCAAGGCAGCGUCUGCCCGAGCUACCGGAGGUGCCAGCCCGCCAAGCGCGGGAGGACCUCUUGGAUGAGGAGGCUCCCCCAGGAGACACUGGUGCCCUUGGUUCUCGCUCGCCCCUUCGCUCCCCGCCUGCCUCGGCUCCGUCAAUGCCGUCUUUCUUCGCUGCCGCCAGAAACCCGCUUCCUUCAGGAGCCUGGUGACUCAAAAAUAAAACUGGAGAGUAUUUUGGGCCACGACGCUGCCUUUCCGUCUCUCCACCUUGGUGGUGUUUGGGGGCUUUCUUUUUUUCCUUUCCUUCCCUGCUUGGAAAGCUGCAUGAGCAGUCGGGGCUGGCAGGGCAGCUGGAGUGCACAGAGCUUGGCUUGUCUCCGCUCCAGCGCCUUCCCGGCUCUCCUGCUGCAGAGACAGAGAGGAGCAGCCCACGCCGCAGCAAAGAGGGAAGAGAAGGUCGUCUUGCCAGCUCUGCGAGCCCAGGCGCGGCUGCGGCUCCCUGAUCCUCCUUCGGUCCAUGCUCCAGCUGGCAGAGUCUUGCAGCUCUCGCAUGAGCUGCGUUUUAUAGACCCUUGUAUCCCUAUGAAGGACCGGUCCUGAGGCUGCUGCCUGCCCCUCUUCCACCCCAUCCCGGGGCCGACACCAUCCCUGAGACCUCAUUUUUCCACCCAAGCUUUGGAGAAUCCCCAUCUCGCUCUUCUCCAUGUGCAUCGGGGGACCGUCUCCAUCCCAACAUCUCCCUCCUCCACCUGCCCCUGCUUGCUGCUCGCAGCCCACCCAGCCCUGCCCUUCGCAGCCAGACUCCUCCAGGGUUUGAUCUUCAAUUUGAGCCUGGGAAGAAGCAGCGGUGGCAGCUUUGCUGGACCCGAGCUAGCAAGCAUUGCCUGGUUCAUAGCUUCCCCCCGCCUUCCUUGGAGAUCAGUGUCCUCUGGGCUGCUCCUCAGGCUCUCUGCUCAGGGACAGACCUUCAAAGGGCAGCAGUUGCUCCACGUUCACUCCUGCAUGGACACCCUGGCUCUGCACUGAGGGCCUUCUAGCGGCUGAGCUUAAUCCACUUCCAAAGUGGCCUAAAAACCUGCUUGGUGUGAAGGGGAAAGCAUCCACACCCAGAGUCCUCGUACGCAGAGGGGCACGGAAGAGCUGCUGCAGGAGCUUCAUCAUCAUCAGAAGCCCCAAAUCUUUGCCGUUGCUUCAUUUUCUGUUCGUUUCAUGGAAAGUGAGGGUUGAAGGGACCUCAGGAGUCGCAUCUAGUCCAACCUCCUGCUCCAAGCCGGACCAGCCCCAACUACAGCAUCCCAGACAAGGCUUUGUCUACCCGGGGCUUAAACACCUCCACGGAUGGAGACUGCACCACCUCUCUGGGGAGCCUGUUCCAGUGUUUUACUACUCUCCUUGUGAGAGAGUUUCUCCUAAUAUCCAACCUCAACUUCCCUUGCUGCAGCUUGAGCCCAUUGCUCCUUGUCCUGUCAUCUGCCCCCACUGAGACCAGCCCAGCUCCAUCCUCUUUGCAGCCCCCCUGCAGGGAGGUGAAGGCUGCUAUUUAAUCCCCCUCCGACUUCUCUUCUCCACACUAAACAAGACCAGUUCCCUCGGCCGCCCCUCACCAGCCAUGUGCCCCAGACCCCAGCCUUCACUGGACUCUCUCCAAUGUGUCCACAUCCUUUCUGUCAUGGACACAGCACUCCAGAUGUGGCCUCCCCAGUGCCGAAUAGAGGGGUCCUUCGCUUACAACCUCCCUUGAGGCCACACCUCGCGCUCAGCCCAGAGAAUUGAGGUGCUUUGGUCCCAGGGGAUACACACAUCCCUCCUGCUCUCCUGCAAGAGACGCUCCCCGAGACCAGGGCGUGCACCGUGCCCUUCGUGGUGAUGGACACGACAGAUGUUGAAGCAUGUGAGCAGCCCGGCUGCAGUCCCUCUGCUCUGCUCUGCUUCAUCCGAUCCACCAUGACGCAUUAAGGAGGAGGAGGGUCUAGUCUUUCUUCUUUUAGGAUUGCGGUGCUAUAAAGCUUUGGCCAGGCCUGCGUGUGCUUUAGCUGGGGCCACGAGAGGGUUGCUGCCUGCGCUUGGCAGGGCUGAGAGGGGGAAGGAGCAGCUGCAGAGCAGGGCUGGGGGGCAGGGAGCAGAGAUGCCCUCCUGUCUGAGAUGGGGAGCGGGGCCAGGGGCAGAUCAGUCCCUGCCUCUGCCACCGACGUGCUGUGCGGCGCUGGGAGAGUCCUUGCGCCUUCCCCGCGCUGCCAGUUCUGCCUUGGUGCUUGGGAGCUGCUGUAGUAGUAGCGAAGACAGUUCUCCGAGCCUCCGUGGCCCAAGCAAUCGCUGAUCUCCCCUGCAAGACGGGGGGCGGGGGGUUGAAUAACGAUAAUGGUUUGAAAGCUUCCCUUGCCCGCGGCUCCACCUCUUCAGCUCCGCGGAUGGCAGGUCUGCACCAGGCUUCCUGCACCGAGGGAGAUUGCAACAGAGGACGAGCUGUACGAACCCACGGGCUCUGGGUAGAAAGCCUGUCCCUCCUAUUGCCACCCAAAGAAGGUGCCUGGGUGUAAAGCAAGCAGAGGUGUGAGGCCUUGGGGGAGCCUCUCCUCCGCAGAGCUGCCCUGGGAUCUUUCCUUGCCUGGUAGGAAGGAUGUUGGAUUAACAGUCUAGCUGGAAAGCAGCUGCUCUACCAAUGCUCCCUGCCCCCUCCAGCACCGCGCUCUUGCGUCAGCUUUCGGUGCUGGGUCUCCGUCCUUCUAGCCCAGAAACCUGGCCACGAAAUACCAGUCACUUCUCCCCAGCCAGCUGUCGUCUCGUGGCCCCGGCUGCUGCGUGUCGGCUUUGAGCUCCCAUGGGUGUUACCGCUCCUGGCUGGCGACGCUUGGCCUUGUUAGACCGGCUGGCGUGGAGGCUUCGGGGUAACCCGGCUCCCUACUGAGACCUGAGCCUCGGCGGAGGCUGGCACCAUGCUGCCCGCCCGUCUGAUCGUCUGCAGAGCCUGUCUGAUCUGAUCUCGGCUUCUGUCUCCGCUCCUGACGAGCCGCUUAUCGGGGGAGAAGGAUGCUCUUGGGCAGGAGCUGGCUGCUUUGCGAACGUGCCGUGCAGCGCUCGGAGCCGGACACGUCUCCAGAGCAUCUGUGGGCACCACCUCCCACCUUCUCCCCCACAUCGUUCAGGUUCAUCUCUCCAGCUGCUGCUCCGCGGGCUGGCGUGGCUGGGAAAGCUGCCCUGGGCUCCUCUCUCCCGCUUGUGACCCAGCCAGGCUCGUGUGUCGUUAGGGCGUUGACUCGCUCGUCCCGUCUGAAUCUCUUGGAAGGGCUGCUUGGGCUCUGAUGAAAGGCAGAGGGUGCCUGCCAGGCUUGCGGGGUUUGCAGGCUGCUCCGUGAAGCACGGCUGUCCCAGGGCUCGGGGCCUCCUCUCCCAUGAACUUAUGGGACGGAGUCCCCCACGAAACGCCUGGCCGAGCAGCUCGGGCUGCUGUAGCGCGUGCAUUGCCAGUUCCGCUCCGGCCUGGCUGGAGACCUCCUCCGCGGAUGGCUUGGGCGUGCAAGGCACCGUCCCAGCCGGGACGUGAUGCCGCGGGCUUUUGGGACUCCCCGCUGAAGGACUGAGCUGCAGUUUCCUGGGAGGUGCCAGGCUAAGGUGCUUUUGUGGGGGCAGCAGCACGGGUUUGGAGGAGGUGCUGGGUACCCCUUCCACCCGCUGGGCCCUGCUGCCACUCCCAAAGAGCCGGGCAGGGCUCUAAGGACAGGGGCAGGAGCGUCUCUCAUCUUUGCACGAAGCCGAAAGGGAAACGCUCUCCCUGCCCCUGCUAGAGAGGCGGCUGCGAGCUUCAGCAAGCUCCAGCUCCGGGUGGGUGCGACUUCCCCCGGGUUGCUUUGCAGGGUCGCACAGACGUCCCUCGAAUCCCUGGAUGGACAAGUGAUAAUAAAUCGGAGCUUAUGAGACGGUGUUCAUUUGCACGAGGCUUUUCAAAGCCUGGGUUUGACGUGGCUGUUUUUGAUUUUGAAAGUGGAUCUUUGUCCACCCUGGGGAAGCCCGCGUCUCUGGGUGAGACGGGCAGGAUGCUGUGGAGGACCCAGACACGAGAGGUUGGAGGGCUGCGAGCCAAGUCUCCCCUGCGAGGGCAGCUGAGAUUGAAAUAGCCCUGAAACCAGGUUGCAAGAGGCCUGGGAAGAGGUGCGUGCUGCAGCCCAGCUGCCUAUUGCAGCGAUGCAAGCUUUCCCCCUAAGACAGGCUGGGGUCCUCUCGCCUGCCCUGGCCCUGGAUGCACGGCUCCCCACCGCCGCUUCCGACCCCGAGUUGCACAACCUUCCCGAGGCGUAGGUGCCACGUGACCGUGCUGUGCUGCCAGCCUGCCCGGCCCUACCCCGCUUCCUGUUUGCUCUGCCAUCCCCAAGCUUAUAAAUAGACGGGAGCGAGCGGGUGUUUGCGAAGGGAGGACUUGUUUUAUUCCCAGCCUGCACGGCUGAGGUCUCAGACGACUGGCCUCCUGCUCGGUGUUGAGGCUGAUGGGGGGUGGCGCUGGAGACGCAGGAUGCAGGGAGGGGAAGCUGGGCCAUAAACCUCCAUGCCCCAGCCCCUGGCACUAGCUCUCUCUGCUAGAUGUUGCCCCCUUCUGCAUCUCCCUGAGGCUAUCUCCAGGGCUUUCCCAGCCCUGCGAGCAGCAGAGGCCGAGGGGACAAGCCCGGGAGGAUGCUGAGCCACGGGGAUAUGAAAGGCUGGGUGUUAUUUCGAGCUGGGGCGUUGCACUCCUCCUGCCAGCUGGCGUCGAGGAGCCAGGUGGCUCUGGAUGGGCCAUGCCAACGUGGGCGCCUGUAAGGCCAUGCUCCUGCAAACGCGGGAGCGCUAGCAGCAGAUGCAGCAUCGCAUGCAUGCGGCCUUCCCCCAUGGGCUACCAAGGUGGGCCUGGACCUUUGGCCCCCUUCCUGCGUGAGGUUUAGUCGGGUCGGGUCUGCCCGGUGUCUGUGCUGAACAAACUUGCAUCUCUUGGGACCUGGUUUCUGCAGGCGGUUAUUCGAGGAAUGCAGAGAACACCUCGCCCGGUACGCGAGGCGCAGCGUGAGGGUGUUUGGUGCUCUUCCCCUCGGGCUUCCCGCUGUCUGCCCGGCGCUGUCUGGGCAGAUAAGGGGACGUGGGUUUGGAAGGAGGCGGGUUGCUCCUGUUUGUGGUAUUUCUGAAGCUGCUUGUGGGUUCCCGGCCAUGCAGGAACAAGUGACAUUUUGUCUUACGGUUCCACUCGCAAACAGCUCAGAGGAGGAGGAAACUUUCCCGAGGUGCUUCGUAAGUGUGUUGCACUAGGGAGAAGGAAGGAUCUGUGAUGGGAGGAUCACCCGCAGACCCCAAAGCACUUUUACAAAGGAAGUCGGGAUUGCAAUCCUCAUUUUUACAUACGAGGUAAUGGUGCAACAGAGGUGAAGUGACGUGCCCAAGGUCACCUAGUAGGUCAGUGGCAGAGCCCAGCGUACAACCUGGCGGUCCUGGGUCCCAGUCAGUGCUGUGUUCCAGGCCACAAGACGAGGUGUGUGUAUUCUCCGGUGAUUUAGGGGCAUCUUCUCUGCACCGGCUGCCGUUGUUUUCAGGUGUGGGCACUGGGGUUGGCCAGUUUGGGGGGUUUUUUUCCCCCAGGGUUGGUCUCUUCAGUGUCACACAUGGAGAUGAAAUCGCCACCUGGCUUCCCUGGUUUCACAUGCACGGGAUUAAUCGGAGCUCACGCUGACCCAUGCGCCUGCUGCCUCCUUCCCAGGGUCCCAGCAGCGCUCGCUGCAGCCCCCGAUCGGGCACAGCCUGCAAUGUGCAGGCCCAGAGGCGCGGCGAGCUGCGCGCUUAAGGUGCAUUUUAUUUGGCUGGACCCGGCUUUUCCAGCAGUCCCAAGUGCUCCAUGGAGCCGCCCCGUGCUCCAGCCCUCUCGGGCGCCUCGAGGGGGAAGAAACCCAGGCGGUGAUGGCUCCGUCGCGAUAGCGGCCAGCUGCCGGUAUCUGUGCAGCGCAUGCGUUACCGGUCCCAGAUGCGGAGCGCUCGCGUUUCCGUUGGGAUGUGGUGGACGACAACAUCGGGUGCCGCACAGAAGUGCGGGUCUGGGGCAUCCACCACUGUCCCCCCUUCUUCUUCCCCUGUGCCUGUGUAUCAGAGGCAAGGAGGGUGGGAAGGGACCGCGGGAGGUCACAUCUAGCCCAAAGCAGGACCAGCCCCGACUCCAUCAUCCCAGCCAAGGCUUUGUCUACCGGGGGCUUAAACACCUCCAAGGAUGGAGACUGCACCACCUCUCUGGGGAGCCUCCAGUGUCUUACUACCCUCCUCGUGAGACGGCUUUUCCUAAUAUCGAACCUCAAUUCCCCUUGCUCCAACUUGAGCCCAUUGCCCAUCUCUGCAAGCCCCAAAGCCCUGCCCUCUGCUGCUGGCUGCCUGUGGGAGGCUGUUCUUCCCUCUCCGUCUCGGUGCCCCACAGGUGGGUGGCACGUGCCCGUCUUUGUCACAGGGAUGUUACCUCUUUUUCAGCGUCUCCUUCUCUCUCCUCUGGACUAGAAGAUGGGCACAGUGUCACGGCGCCCUCGGCCCUGCCCACCACUGUGCCGAGCUCGGUUCAUCCCAACGAGACGGGGGGCUUCAGCACGAAGGCGACGGCCCCUCCUGUGACAGGCAGAGACCGGGACACGGCCACCACGCAACUCGGCACGACCGGCCUCCGCACGCUUGGACCGGAGGAGCCGUCUCUGCCCCCCAGCCUGCGGGCAGCCACCGAGGCAGAGGGGCUGCAGACUCCUGUCGCGACCAGCGCCCCAGAUGCCACAACGGGGCUUCGCAAUGAGAGCCAGGCAGCCAACAGCAGCUUGGACGUCCCCUCUCCUCCUCCGACCGCCAACGCGACAGAGCUCAGCCAGCCGGGCCGUGAAGGGGCAGAGCCCACCGGCACCCCCGGCCAGCUCGGCGCCAGGACGGAGGCUCCAACAUCCUCGACCCCCCAGGACUCGCCAGCCACGCAAGGUCGUGCCCAGCCGCCCUCGGGGUUCAGCACCUUGGGACCCACGACGGGCAGACCCGACCCCGUGCCCGGGACAGCCCACGAGGGUGCCACUAAAGAGAGCAACACAGAACCUGCCACCAUCCCUGCCACAGAGGCUGGGCUGGCCACGACUGCCUCCAGCACCGUCACGCGCACCUCCGUAGCUGCCUCCACCACCACCACCACCACUGUCAUCGCUAUCGGUACCACCAUCAGGACACCCCCAGCGGCUGUGACACGGCAAGCAGUGGACCCCGUGCACGAGAAAGCGCCAGUGCUAGACGUGGGGGAUGAGGAGGAUCAAGCAGAGCUGCCCAGCUCGCCCGUCACGGGGGUGGCGGGGGCUGACCCCCUGGUCAUCGCUGUCAUCUCCGUCUUCAUCAUCAUGGUGGGCGUCCUGGGCCUGGUGGGCUUCCUGAAGUACCGACAGCACAGCAGCCGCAUGGAGUUUCGGCGCCUGCAGGACCUGCCCAUGGAUGACAUGAUGGAGGAUACGCCGCUCUCGCUCUACAGCUACUAGGCCACCAGAAGAUGACCCUCCACCCGGCGUUGGAGAGGCUGGAGUGCCCUCAGGAGCAGGCCCUGGAGGACGCGGGCUGAUUUUUGCACAGGGACAGAAACGUUCCUUUCAGACAGUUUGGUUUGGUUUUAGACUUUUUAAAUGUUUGGUUUUCAAGUUUUUAUGCUGAGGGCCGGAGCCCCUGCCUGGCCCUGGCCCUCUGCUCGCCGCUCGCUGCGUCCUAAAUACCCCGGCGCUCCCCCGAGAGGCAUUUUCCGGUUUGGUUUUUAGCCCCAUGGCUGUGUCGAGGUUUUUACUGCCCAUCUCUGGCAAGGACUCACCGGUGCUCCCUGGCAGUGGCUGCCCUGGGCCAGAGGGCAGACGGCUCGAGCCCAAGGAGCUCCUGGGUUUCCACAUCGACACCGGGAACCAGAGUCAGGCAGCAGGUCGGCUCCCGCCUGCUUUGUGCUGUUCGUGCACCUCUCGUUCCCAUUCUGGCUUAGCAGCACGGUCAGCCCAGAGAAGCUGGCAAAGCACAACACCUCCACCCGCCGUGCCACCUGGAGAAGCGUGCCGCCUGCUUGCAGGGGUACCAGACUGUCACACUGGAUGGCCGCAGAGCUGUGGCAGCAGCAGUGGCUCCUUGGCGGGGCCGAGUGCCUCCAGCCCUGCUGCUCUUCCCCCUGGAGCAGCACAAACGUAGCCCCCCGCCUUGCAGGCUGUGGGUAGAUGCCCUUGCCCGUUUCCUGCCCCUGCUGCCCUUCCCUGAGUGCCUGAGUUCAGAGGUCAGUUUGUGCCUACUAGUGGUGCUGGACCCUCUCGGCAGGGGGAGACUGGCCUGCCCGAUAGCUGAGAGCUCCUCUGUGCAGUCUUUCGGUAACCCUGGUCCUUGCCUUGGCUGUUCGGUGCCUGUUCGUGAAAAGAGCCUUACUCCUCUCCCUUCCUCUUCCUGGGAGCUGUUGGGCUCGUCCUGCCUCCCCCACCUCCACUGCCACUAGCGUAAACGGUAUCCUGUAUGCUGUGCUUGAGCCGUGGCUCCUCUUCUCCAGCUCCUCCUAGCCCUCAUCUGGUCCCAGGGCAGGGGCUGAACGUCACUGAGAGCUGCUGCACCUGUAUAAUCAAGAGGCACCAGGCUUGGGAACAGCCAGAGACCCUCUAGAGCCAGAACUUGGUGCAUCCGGGCUUGGUGCGGAGCUGGGGAAGGGUGGGACUGUCAGCCCAGCUGCUCCCAGCAGAGUUUAGGCACGUGACAGCUAGACGGAGCCUGUCCACCAGUCGCAUGCCCCGCUAACACCCAGCUGCCUGUCUCCACAGCUAUGGUAGUGUCUGUGCUAUGCUUCCAGGGCCUCUUCUCCCAUCAGCAAGGCCCAAGUCUCCUCCUUGGCUUAUGUGAUUAUUAUUUAGGCCACACAGCAGGGGAACAAGGCGGAUGAGCUGGGCAGGGGGGCUGCCCCCUCUGCAGCAGGCUGGGACAUUGGAAGUAGCUGGUACAAGAGCCUGCGCUGUCAUUCUGGUUCUGUUGGCAUUGGGUGCGGGUCUGUUAACGAUAACGAGAUGUUCAAAAGUAACAAUGGGAGCGAGGGCAUGUAGUUUGUGCUGCAGGCCCUGGGCAGGAUGCACGGCCUCUCAAGGGCAGAUGCUUCUGCACGGAGCAGUUUACAAACAGCAGACUUGUUUCCUGGCUUUGGGGGCAGGUGUUGCCACUGUUUGGCACAGACAGAAGCCCGUUCCUGAUGGAAACAACUUUGGCGUGGCUGAGACGGCAGUAAGGGCACUGCCUGGAUGUCCCCACCGCCCCACCUCAGACCUGGGGGUGGGUGGGGUGAGGAAGGGAUCUCAGCAAACACCAAAGUGCAACUUUUUCUCUUCUGUAUGUUGAUAGUGGAUUUUUUUCUGCAAUAAAAGUUACAAUUGUCAAAGGUG